AUGCUCACUCACAUGCAGAGAUACUCAACCAGCUCAGACCCCCUUCAGAGACUCCAUCAUGGUGGUACCAAGCAGAAGGUAAGAAGCUCUACAGAUUCCACUGUGAAGAAAACCAGGAAGUCUAUUUUCUGGGGUAUUGAAGUAGUUAACACUCUCAACUGGCAAGGAUGGUGUCUGGGAAAAGAAUUCACAAGACACCUAAUUUUGAGAAAUGUGUGUCUGAAAACCCAGAAGCUGAGGUUCAGACCUCCUACUACACGUUUCUUCAUCACCAUUUUCCCACAGCCAAUAAUUUUGAGUCCUGGGAUGUCCUUAACUUUGCCCAUCAUUUUCCGCCCUUUAGAAAAGAAGGAAUAUCAAGACAGCAUCCUCUUUGAAAAGCCGGAAGGAGAGUUCUCUGUGGUCCUGCAUGCCAAGCUACCACAUCUUCGUCUGCUUUUCCCAGAGAGCAUCCGGAUUCCUGCAUGUGCAGCCUAUGACAGCACAGAGGCUUCCUUUACCAUGUACAAUGAUGGGGAUCUACCAACAAGUUUUAUCUGGGAGGUGCCAGACCCUUUCUGCCUUAUUCCUUCUCGUGGCAUGUUGGAUCCAGGCAAAGAGUGUUCAGUGAAGGUGAUCUUUCGACCUGUAGUGGCUCUGGUAUAUGACAUGCCAGUAAUAUGCAGUUUUGGAGACACUUCAGAGCAGAAGGCCAUCAGAUUGAAAGCUGUUGCUAAAUAUCCCCACCUGCUGGUGAAUGUGCCAGAAGACUCAUGCAAAGAAGUUGGGCUUAAAAAAUUCCGGGAUAUACUCUGCUUUGGCGAUGUGGCUGUUGGCAGUACUGCGGAGAAACACGUGGAGAUCUACAAUGUGUCUGUGGUCUCUGCCCCCUUCAGGAUUGAAAGAAUGAAGGAGCCAGUGCUUCGUGAUCGUGUCUUUACCUGUGACGCUGCCCAAGCCACUGUUUCAGCCCGCGGUUCAUUAGCCAUCCCCUUGCAGUUCAGCCCACACACCGUGGGAAUGAAGAGUGUGGACUACUUCACCGUUGUGCCUUUUGGGAACAGCACGCAUUCUGUGCUGAAGGUGACAGGAUCGUGUAAAGGUCCUGACGUUUCUUUUCAGCAUCCCUUUGUCUACUUCAGCUACAUUAACCUUGGGGAGUACUUAAUUCAGCCUUUAGAGAUGACCAACAACUCUGAGGUCCCAGCCUACUAUCAAUUUGCCAUUGAUGGCACACAGAGUGUCUUUUCCUUUGACCGUCCUUGUGGGAUCUUGGGUGGAAUGUCUACUAUGACACUGAAGGUGACCUUCCAGCCCACCCACCCAAUAAUUUGCCACCGGCGAAUUGUUUGCCUUAUCCAUCAUCAGGACCCAUUGUUCCUAGACUUGGUUGGGACCUGCCACACAGAAACAACAAGCCCAGUCAUUCUGAAGUUGAAGGACCUUGCCAUGUACAGGACACACAUGGCCAGAGGACUGACAUUUUUCCCCCCGGACAUCCUGGGGACCAUGCUGAAGGAGGGCAAGCUGUUGGUGGAUGAAAAUGGAGCUCUUACACUCCCGCCAGAGGUCCUGGAGGACAAGCCCCCUGAGGAGUACCCUGUCAUUGAGCCCAUGAUUGAAUAUUUCCAUGAUGGUGUAAGCAGCGACUUCACCGUGUUUCCUCCCCAUGUCAGCCUUAGCAUCAAGGAGUUUGAUUUCGGUUGCUGUGCAAAUCUUCAAGGAAUAGAACCACUUCCUCUCUGUGUGACCAAUCACACAAAGGGAAAGAUCACCGUCAUAUGGACGAACAAGCCAGACAGCCCUUUCCAGGUGAUCCCAGAGAGUUGCGACAUCCCGGCUCUGAAGAAUAUGGCUUUCCGCAUCACCUUCCAGCCCCCUCAGCUCAAUUCCCUGUAUGCAGCAGAACUGGAGGGUUUUGCCUUCUACAAGGUGCUGCGACACUACAAUAACAUUGAGGAGCCCAUCACGAUGUGCCCAUCCUGGAGCCUGACCAUCCGCUUGCGUGGGCACACUUUUCAACCUGGGCGGCAGCACUUCAUCCCGCAGUACACCUUGGACUGCCACAGGGUCUUCCCUCCAGUGUGCCAGAACAUCACCACAUACCGCAGCAUGCUGCUCUGCAAUGUGGGCACCACUGCCAUAAGUUUCAAGAUGAGUCGGGAGAAGUGCCCUUCUGUCCUGGUCAAGCCCAGCUGUGGGUGUGUUGCACCUGGGGCCCAUCAGAUCUUUCUCCUCUCAACCUGCCCAGCGGAAACAUCCAUACAGCAGCACACCUUAUCUUUGCAUCUCAAUUUCUCAUCCUCAUUCACCCAGGAGAUCAUCCUUCAGAGCAAUGCUGAGCCCCUGGUCCUACUCUUGGAAAGUGAUGGCAGCCUGUAUUUCAAACCUACGUGCGUGGGCACCUCCUCUUCACGCACUUUCACCAUCAAGAACUGCACGCGGUUAUCCAUGCUCUUCAGAUGGAAAAUCCAGCAGUCAGACAAAAAGCUCCUGUCUGUCCAACCUGCUGAAGGAACUAUACUGCCCAAUGAAGCUUUGGCUCAAACAUGGACCUUCACUCCUGGCGAGCAGAUCAAAUAUCUUCUGCGGAGUUGGGUGACAGUGUGGAGAGACCAAGAGAUACUUGAAGACAAGACCCCAAAGAGUGUUCGCUAUGUCCUGCGGGUUAUUGGGGAGGGAUCAUUUGGCACCUUAACGGCACAAGAGGCGCAAGUAGAUGUUGGCAACAUCCUGGUUGGCAGCACACAGACAUGUCAGCUUACAUUAUUGAACAAUGGCGCCUGCUCCUUAAAAUAUGAUCUCACUGUGGAGCAGAUGAUCACUGGACCAUGUGACCCUGAGGAAGUUGCCAAUGACUUCUUAGCAAUAGAACUGGAUCACUACAAAGGGACCAUUCCUGCUCGGGGAAAGAUCUUUUUGCAAGCGACUCUUAGACCAACCCGCCAGCUGCAUUACACCUGGACAGUCAGUUAUGCCAUUUCCAAUGGUCCAACACCAGUCCCAAAUCCCCUCGGAGAAAAGCAGCCUGUUUGCUGUGUGGUAGCAACCGGCAUCUACCCGUCCAUCUGUGUCACUGAUGCCUGUGGGACAGGCAGUGCCCGCGGCAUCAGCAAGCUGCACCUCUGGCGACUUUUCUCUUUGGAGACUCUGAACCAGUAUCUGGAGCGAGAUCCAACACCACAGGAGCUCACUUUCAGGGUGCCUACCAGGCACAGCAUACAACGAAUCCCCCCAGUUUACACUCCUGUCAUGCUGGAUUUCAACUUUGGUGCAGCUCCUGUUGGAAGUGAGCCCUCGGUGGUUGUGCUGAUGCUACAAAACAAUGGGGUGAUACCUGUGAACUGGGCCUUUCUGUUUCCUUCUGACCAGAAGAUUGACAUGGAAUACUGGGCAGAAAGUGCUGAGUUUGACCCUAGUGAGCUGCAUCAGAUGAGGAUCCAGGAUAAUCAGCUUUUUACAAUCGCUCCCAAAGCAGGAAAGCUUCUUCCGGGGCAAGAGCAAACUAUACACCUUUCUCACAGACAUGAUUUCAUUGGCACUGACCGGCUCCCAGUCCUAUUGAAGGUCUCCCAUGGUCGAGAAAUUCUGCUGAAUUUCAUUGGUGUGACACUGAAUCUGGAGCGCCACUACAUUCACUUCACUUCAACCAAGCAUGUAUUCACACCCAUUGCUAUUGGCACCUAUGACCCUCCCAAACAGAUCUAUGAAUUGUACAAUGGAGGUUCCACAAGUGCAGUGUAUGAAAUCCAGGUGGAUGCUAUGAUGAAGGCACAGGAAGAGAAUUACAUGCAUUCUGUGUUUUUCUGCCUGAACCCCAGAGGAGAGAUUGGUCCAGGCUUGACAGCCCAUACAGAAUGGAUCUUUUCCCCGCUGGAAGCCAAAAUGUAUUCGGUGGACGUGCCCAUCCACAUCCUUGAAGGGGACUCUGCUUUGAUUACCUUCCAAGGAAUAGGCUUCGACCCGCAUGUUAUGGGAGAGACAGCACAGUUUGACAAAGUAGUGUCUACUGCAACAACACCAGGCUCUGCCAAGUUAACAGUGCCUGGUCUGUCGGUGUACUUGUCUCAGCCCCGGAUUUGUCUUGGCAACAUCCCCGUCUACAGCAAAUGCAGCCGCCUCUUCUUUCUCAACAAUGCCUCUGAGAAUGAGGCCAUCGUUUUUUCUUGGCGCACUGGGACUUCAAAUGCCAUGGUGGUAAUGAACAUCACUCCAGAGAAUGGAGUUGUGCAAGCUGGAGAGAGCACCCAGUGUGUUCUUACACUGCAUGCUGGUGAAAACCCAUGCUUCUACAAUGUGGAUUUGAUCUGUGAGAUUUUCACUCAGCACCCAUUAGAUCAGUAUGAGAAAGACCUGAAGGAAUGGGAAACUGAGAAGGCAAGACAAGCUGUGGAGUUCACCAUCACGGAGAAAGACCUGGACAUGAAGAAGAACCUGAAAGAGCCUUCAAAUGGAGCUCCAAACACCUUGGGAUCAACAAAGGUUUCUAAAGCACUUGCAGAGAUCCGGAAAUACAAGACUCUCCCUCCUAUUAAGAACAUCCGUGAGCCUAAUCCCCCUGCCAGCCGCAGCGAGAGAAGGCAAACAAGGCACAAAGAGGCCAGCAGGUUGUGGGUCAAGCCAGAGCCCCCCAAGCCCUUCCUCAUGCAUCUUGGGGUUACAGCCAGGUCCCACUCAAUUGAUGACUUCCUGACCAACUUUCCUAUAGACCUGCCUCAGCACUUCCUUUACCGCCAAAUUAAGAAGAAAGCAACAAAGGAUGCUGCGGAUACGACUUCUCUGAAUAGAAGCAAGAGCAGAAGCAAGAGAGGAUCCCUAAAGAAUCAAAGUAGACUGGCACUAGAAGGCUGUAUGGAACAGGAGGCCCAGCUAUUGACAGACUUGCUGUCUACAGUGAUCAAGGGCCUGCUGGAGGAGUCCCAGUUCCAAGAAGCAGUGAUCCGAAGCCUCGUGGAGCCCACACCCUACUUCUGCCAGUUCUGGAGUGAGGAGUCGGCCAAACAGAAGCAUAGCCCUGGUGGCACCUCCUCAACCCCUUCCCCGGAGCUCAGCACUAAGGGUAGGAUCGAAGGUGAAGACACUGGGGGAAGACAACUGUCUUCUGCAAGGACUUCAGAUGCUGAUGAGGAUCUCAGUGUCAUUAUCCGCAAGGAACAGUUCCGAGAGCAGAAAGAAUUAAUUAUCAGGUUGCCGGCCUUUGCAAAUCUGACCGAGUUGGUGCUGGACAACACCAUCCAGAACAUUCUGGUGGAGGCCAGUCGUGGAGAGGUGGUGCUGACAGCACGGCCCAGAAUCAUUGCCCUCCCUCCUGCUUUCUCCCAAAAAGGUGUCAGUCCCAUUGUUUCGAUGUUCAACCCACCUGCGUCUUCUGCAGUGCCACUGAUCAGCGUCCUCAGCGAAAUCAAGACUGGCGAAGGGCAGCGGCACAUUGUCCUGCCUCCCUAG